AUGAUUACGCCAGGUAACAGUUGGCAGAUAAUUGUUAAGAAAGAAGAAGAUUUUUUUUUUUUCGAGUCCACACAGUCAGAAUGUGACACGAGAUUGCUUGAACUUCAAGCAGACAUCAGGGAGCUAAAUAAAACACUAGUAGAAAGAGAGACAACCCUCAGACAGACUGAACGUGAGAAAACAACUCUUAUUGCUGAACUGGCAGAACAGAACCAGAGGCUUACAAAUCAACUCAAAGAAUCUAGUCGUGUAGAAGAACAGCUAACUGUGCAGCUUCAGGGCCUUCGGGAUCAGUGCAACCUUAAAAAGUCCAGUCUUCAGGACCAUGUAAGCAGUCUUGAAGUUCUGAGAGAUGAGAUCCACCUCAUGUCUGAGAAGAAAUGUGAGCUGGAGCGGAGGUUGCAGUCCCUAUUAAGUGAGAGAGAGGAUUUGGGAUCGGCUCUUGAUGAAGCUACAGACCGCAUUGUCAUGUUGGAACACAAGGCCCGAGAACAAGAACUUCAGUUGCACCAAGCUCAGCGUGAGAUUGAGGAGUUACGAGCUACAAAUGGUUCACUGGGUGAGAGAAUUGAAGUGCUUUCAGCCCACAGUUCCUCCCCAGGCCCUCGAUCACUCCUGCAAGAGAUGGAAUGUGAUGAUACAAGCAGUGAAUCAGAGCUGAUACCCCAUAAUGACAGCAGUUCAGAGCAACUAGAUGGGCUUCAAAAGGAAGUUCUCUCAGCUUACCAGCAGCUUAGAACAGCAUGCGAUAGACUACGCCAUAGCAGAGGAGACUCAGUAAGUUGGGAUAUGGAGUCCAUGAUAAGUGAAGAUAUAUCUCCUAGUAAACUCAAGGUUGGCUUGCUGUCAGAAAUUGUAAAGGAACUCUCUAAGUUGAUCCAGGAGGUUCUGAGCAGGAGAGAGUCUCGACCCAGUUCAUCAUCCAGCAGUGGCAUUGAUCUGGAGCUAGAACUGGAGGCAGAGUUACAUAGAGCCAAUGAGAGUCUGGAGAAACUGCAAAGGCAGCUUGAUGAGCGAGAGGAGGAACUCAAGAGGAAAACAGAGCAAGUCAUGGAGCUCACCAGCAAGUUGAGUGUGCAAGAUGCAGAGUUGGCUGGAAUCACAGAGGAGCGUGACAGGGCACGCACCGACUUGGAGAACACCCACCUUUCAAGAGAUGAAGUGGUACACAAAGCAUGGGAGGUGCGUGAUACGGCUGUGGCAAGGAAGAAUGUAAUCGAAAUAGAGUUAGCAAAGACAAGGAUAGAUGUGAUGCAAGCUAAUAGCCAGCUGAUGGAAGCCAUCCAACAGAAAGUCGAGUUGAGUCAGCAACUUGAACAGUGGCAGAUGGACAUGCAAAGCCUUCUGGAUGAUCAAAUGAAGCAGAAACUCUGCAGGCAGGAGCGCUUUCGUCAAGCAAACAAUUUGGAAAGUAGCAAAAGGACCUCCACAAGGCGACUGUUUGGUCUGUUCCAACGAUGAUUGCCACAAGCAUCGCACCGUGACAUCCAGACUUUCAGCUGCAAGAAUAACAGUGAAGAGUCACAGGCAUUCUCUGAAAUUCAAAGUGACUGCAAGUUUUCCUGCCUUCAGGAAUGUCUGUCAGAAAUAAUUUUGUUGGAAACAAAGAUUUAUUAAUAAUACUAAAACAGUGAACACUGUGGUUGCAGAUGAAAGUAGUGUUAAAAGAAUAUUUGCCAGAACUGUGAUAUCUGACUGUGUAAGACUGGGCCUCUGCUUUGAAGAUAAUGUGGUGGUCAAGAUGGGGUAGGUGGGGUAUUCAGGGAAUUAAAGAAAACAUAAAUUAUUGAAUGAAAAAACAAAGCUGAAAACAUCAGAAAAAUAGCAGGAUUGUAACAGAUGUAGGUAGUUUUCACAUAUUUAUAAUAAUAAUAAGAUAAUGUCAGGUUUACAUAAUCCUUUAGCCUUAAUUUAAUGUUCCCCACUUUUUAUAAAUAUUUCUUUAUUUAUUUUUCUCUUUGGAUGCUAAUGAAAUAGCAGUUAUACGCUUCAUUGUAAAUAGACAAGAUAAACCUCAUUUUAAUUUUAAAUGUGCCCUUUCCUUUCAGCUUACUGACAAUCACUAGACUGUGAUAAAAUCAACAUUAAGGAAAUAUAACAUGAAAAGUUAUGCAGUACUCAAGAACUGAGUUGUUUUUUUAGUUGCUCUCAGUAAGAUGAACAUUAUGUUGAGUUAACACAUUUACUGCACAGAUUUUAGCAUCAGUUUAAGUCAUCGUAGUUCUAAUUGUUUGGGACAGUGGUUAGUAUUGUCACAGAAGCAUGUUCUUUGAACAUUGUUCCCUGUCUGGAUAAAAGAAGAAUGAACUAAUGUUUGGAGCCUAGCAUUGUCUGCACUGUUUUCAUUCAGUAUGCCUAAUAGUGAGAUCUGACUUUACCUAAUGGCCCAACAGAGUGGGUAAUAUUUCCAUUUAUUUGAACACAAUGACAAAGCCAGCCCUAAACUGAAUGUGACACAUCUUCAUCAGGCAGACAGCAGGUAAUGUCCAUAGAAUAAAGCUGUGUGUCAAGCAAUGAUUAAAUAUUUUGAUUUUUAGCUAAGAAGCAAGCUUUUGUUGACACUAGAUAACAAACUCAUUUGAACAUAACCUAAUAUCAAUGAAGUACAUGUUAAUAAUUGAACUAUGACUACAUCAAAACACUGUUCCAGAGGGUAGAAUACACAGGUAAAUAGUUAUAAAAUCACAGAGAACUCAGACAGGCAUAUGCCAUUUUGGAUUAAUAUUGAGAUAGGUCUACUUUGACAUAAAACAACGAAUUUAUACAUCUUGAAUAUUUAAUACACUAUAUGUAAUAUGUAUAGUGUAGCUGGCACUUGUGAAAGAUACACAGAAUAUUGUUUUAUCCACUAAUUAAAAUAAAAGCACUUGUGAUAUCUAGAUAUAAACAAGAUUCUUUUGUAGGAGCUGGAAAUGCCAGAAGUCUUACCUGUGUGAGUAUAAAAGCCUUUAUUGGUUAUGUUAUUUAAAUGUAUAUGGCUAUACAACAGUUUGUAUUUUUCCAUCCUUUCCAAUUUAUUAUUCACUAUCAUCAUCUCAUUCAACAUUAUAUAGUCUGAGCUACUGGAAAAAACAUUGUUAAAUAAACUAUAAAUGAAUAUUGGCCAGAUUUCCAAUGCUAAACUUGUUCAUAAAAUAUGACACCAGGAUCUGAGAUCCAGUUUAGUUAGAUUUAUGACUGACAGUAGUUAUGCUGGAGCAGGUAUUCUCAGGGUCUACCAUGUUUCCUGACUUGUUUACUAAAUUUUGUGAUUGUGGACUGGACUCUCAAGACCAUCAUACAUAUCUAGGCUCUUUUCACAUUAAAGAGAAACAAAUUAAUAGGGUAAAUAAAGAUUUUUCUGUCCUUCAGGCUAUACUUUGUAGAGCCCUGUGCUUUGAAAUCAGUGUGAUGGAGUUCACCUCUGUUCAUGAACUUAUGAUGAUAUGAAUAAAGUGUGUAAUGGUGGUGUUCUAAACUUUAAUUCCAAAAGUACUUACUCAAGUUAUCAGUUAUCCUGACUGAAAAAUUUCUUUGUCUCUGCAAGUGAAUGGUGGGAUACAAGUCAGUGUAAUUAAUCCAGUUUCACAUUACAUUAAUUAUAGGAUACCAAUAACCAAAAUUAUCUGGCUGCUAAGUAACACAGUGCUUAAUAAAAAUGUAAUCUCUUUCA